CGUUUUUGUUUUUUGGAUGGGAGCUUUAUCCUACACAGGCCCCAAAAUCUCCCCAUUUUGCUUUUCUUCCAUUAAUAAAAGCGCCCCUCAGAAACGUUACAUAAUUGUGGACCAUUGACUAAAUGCCACAAUGCUUUAUCAUUGAAUGCAGCGUCUCUUGUCAACUGUGAUAGCGGAAUGGAUUUCUUACUUAGGUCAGCUGAGCCCUGAGGUCAAUCAAUAUUCUUCAAUUUGUGAUGAGUUACAUUUUCCAACCAUGUGCCCUAAUGUCAAAGAGCUACAUUACCUACGUCAGUGUUGGUCCUACUUCUUUUUAAUCAACUUUUGGCCAUGAACAUCAUUUCUGUUGGAGGCACAGUUGCAAGAACACAAGGGAAAAGUAUAUUUCCGAGAUGAAUAUGCAAAGACAGACAAGAAAAAUAGGCCUUUCAGAAGCAAGAGCUUCUUGGGAAGAACAAGGUGUUCGUGAAGUGGCAACUGGGAAGCUGGAAGUCAUGGAAAAGUUCUUCACCCCAUUGCCCCGCUCUGCUCUACACAGACCAGCAAAAGAGCAACUAAAUGUGGGAUCAAGCUGGAAUGAAGUCCAAGAACCUUACUAUGCAGAAUCUCUCUCCUCCUCCUCACCAUCAUCUUCUUCCUCAUCUUGGUCUUCAGAAUCCAACUUUAGAAGUCAGGAAGGGCUAUCAAGAUACCACUCUCAUGACCCCCAUUCCCGCUCCUGUAAUGACCUUACUGUGGGAAAGGGGAGGAGAAAUGAUGAUGAAAGAAGGGUUUCUACUGGGAAACACAGUGGGAAACUGGUUCGGAGAAGAUCUGAAAGAGAUAGCACAGAAAGACUUUCAACAGGAGUUUGUAAUGCUGGAUCAAACAAUUUGAAAGUCCCUCCUGGACAUGGAAUGGAUGCAGGAUUCCUUGAUGGUAAAGGGACAGAUAAGGGAAAUCUGAAAAAUGGAGGCCGUAGAGCACGGUCCAUGGAAGUGCUGUCAGAAAAAGAUACAAGGAAAGAACAAAAGACGUAUAAAAGGAACAUCAAGGAAGAAAAGCAAACAUUUUCAAAAUUCCUGGAUGAGAUAACCCUCCAGGUGCUGAGUCCCUCAAACCUGAACUCUUUGGGAGUGAAAGGGCAGAAGGCUAGUGCUCAGACACUCCUGAAAAACUCAAGUACUGAUAGCUCAGGUUCUAGAGGGAACAAAGGCCAUCAUACAACAGCAGUACAGCAACAGGGUGUCAGGAGGAAGGGUCAAGAAAAAGCAGAAGCUUCCGGUGCGUCAAUACCAGUUGCAGACAGGCCAGGCUUAAGAAGAAGUCGAGAUCUGAGUACAAGUCCUGAUUCUGCUUCCUCCGUGGUAUGGAAUAAGGAAAUGGCUGAACCAAAAUCUGGUGUGACGAUUGUAAGGCAUGCACUACAGAACCCUGAAAUUCACAGACAACAUGGUGGCAUUCAGGCAAAGGAGAAAUCCAGAGGUGGAAGUCUCUUUGAACAGACAGGGAGAGAAAAAAAAGAAGGUCACAAGAAAGGAAAAGAAGUAUUUGAUGAUACAACCCCAAGCAGUGAAUUUACUUCAGAUCCUACCACACCAGUACCCCUAAUACCUCCUCCAGAUUGGUGGCGAGACUCAGUAACAUCCCAGGCCUCUGAAAAAAAUAUGGAAAACCUCAGAGAUACAUCCAAAAGGAUGAUGGAUGAGUUUUCCAACGCACAGAUGAAUGAACACCAAGAGAAAAGCAAUGUGAGCUGCUCUCCAAAAAAACUGGAUACAGAAAAGGAUUCGGUUAACCAGAAGAUCACAGAACUCCUUGAUCAUUUGGUCCGGGCCCAAAGUACCAUCCGCGCUCUGGAGAAAUUGAAUGUCUCUUCUUUACUUGCCAAUUUGCCUCCAAAUAUGCUGGAAACAAUUAAUGCCUCCCACCAUUCUCCUGAUGGCACCAGCCAAGUGCAAACACCCCAGAACCUAAUCUCCACUAGAAUCUUUUCAGAGGCUCCUCAGGAUAAAUCUGGCAGAGAUUUACAAAGCAAAGCGGAAAAGGAGAUAGUGAAGGUCCCAACUCAACCAUGUCUGACCGCUUUCUCCCCUUGGAGCCCAGGAGCAGACAAGUCAUUCCCUGUCCUUCGCUCCCUCUAUAGCUCCACUGAGAGUGACUGCAGCAUAGAGGAGACUCUGCCUCGUUAUAAACUGCUUUCUCCUCGCUUUCCUAAUCUCGGGGAGAGUUUUUCGGAUGACAGAAAAGACAAAGCCAACUCUUACGAUGGUGAGACCGGAGUAGACAAAAGAACGGCUGGGGGCAUAAGAGCUAAUCUUUCUCUUUCAAAUCUUCUGCCUGCUCAUCGCCUUCAUAGCCACUGUACCAGAGUUAGCAGUUCUGAAAGUUCAGGGGAUGAUGCCACGCUUGGCUGGGGUCAGAUGCUGUCUCAAGAGCCUUCAUUUGACUACCAAUCUGCCCAAAAGAUACUUGACACAUUUCUAGGGCUUACAUCUCCUUCUGAUAAGUAUUCUACACACUGGAACAAAAAUAUGGCUGGGUUGUCCAUCACUGAUACCACUCAGACUGUUGAUACAACUCUAAAAGCUGACCAAAACAACACAGAACUUGUUUCCAGAUCAAAUCCCAAAAAUGUAUCCAGUGUGUUCCAAAGCAAAGAUGCCUCAAAGCUUUCAGCUAGAACCUCUAAAAGUCCUCCUUCUUCUUCUUCCCCAAGCCCUUUGCAUCACACCAGAGAGGAUAAAUACCAUAGAAGUCAUAUGAUUGACCCCAGAAUGCCACCACUUCCUGCUAAAAGGUCCUCUCUUCCAAGAAAUGUUUCAAACAGAUUCCCUUCCCCCAAAACAGUGGAGGAAACAAGUUUUAGCCCAGUAGGGGUACAAGAGGGAGCAGCCCAGCCUAAAUCAGAGUCCUAUCACCCAUUAGUAUCUGUUUCCACUCCUGGAAAUAUCUGUGACUAUCACAAUAAUAAUGCUAUGACUGCAUAUGUUCUCCGAAGCCCUACAGGAUCUGAACCUAUCAUCAAAGGCUGGGAUUGCCAAGGCUCACACCAGAAUUCAUGGUCAGAAGAAAGUACAGAAAGGAAGCCCAGGAAAGAGAAGACAGUUCAUUUCCAUACACUCAACAGUGAUGAACACAAUGGCAAAGAUCAGCUCACCAUAAAGACCAAGUUUAUUGCCACUAAGUUCGGAGACCAGGGUUUGGGUGAUAGCACUUCGUUGGAUUCAACCAUGCUAUAAAAGGAUUAUCAUGGUAACUGAUUCUGUCUUAUCACUAGCAGUACAGAGGUAUUUAUGAACUUCAGUGGACUUUUCUGGGGAAAAAACAAAACAAACUCGAAUGGGAGGUUAUUUAUGAUAAAAAUUUGAAUGCUUAAAAUUCGAUCAAAUGGGAACAACCUGAAUCAAAUACGAAUGAAACUCAAAUUGAAUUUUCCUCCACAGGGACGAUUCUGGCUAUAAUGCCGCCUGAGGCGGCCUUCUUUCGCCGCCCC